UGAAAAUUGCAGUAUACGCAACGUCUGCACGUAGUUUAAGCUGUUCGGUGAGCACCUUUUUUCCCAAAAGUGUCGGGGCUGUGAAAGGUGUAAACAAUAGUGCUUAGAGUGAAAACAAGAUGUUCGGCACAGGCGGUACAAGUCUGUAAUAAAUGUUAACUUGGUUUAACGAUCUGGUGAACAUCGCUGCGAAUAAGUGUUCCGGCCAUACAGCAACGUGUACUUUCGACCGGAAUUUUCACCGGACCAGUAUCGAAUUUCAACGCAUCACCACUUGCACGUGCAUGUGGCCUCACAGACACCAAUUAACUUGACGUUGGCUGAAUGAUUGGACAGAGUUCUGGCUACGACCGAUGUGACUAGGCGGUUUUUGCAAUUCACCUUGGAAAAUUGCCGGAUGACGCACGGCGUAUCCUACAGAGCCAGUGUCUCGCUGAGCCCAUCCAGCCCCGAUCCUGAAUUCUCGCCAACCAGAAGAAUGAAGACGCGAGGAAUGUGGACGAUAGCGAUCGCGAUUUUAUCGGUGAUAGCAUUCCCGGGCAGCGACGCUGAACUCUACACCGCACUGGCGGAUAUGGAGGAAUUGCUGGAAACGGAGGCGGUCCUCAUAGACACACUGAACGGAUACAUUAAAGCGCAGGAAGAGCGUCUGGCUACUCUCAGAAAAAACGUGGAGGAUUACGCGAGGGAGCACACGGAAGCCUCGAGAAACAUUCAACAGUACCUGUCGAAUCCAAUCAACGCUUAUCUGCUGGUAAAAAGGCUGACCACCGACUGGAAGCGGGUCGAGGAGCUGAUAACCCAGGAUGUGGGCAAGUCUUUCGUCACGAAUAUCACGAGCUCACGGAGCGACCUUAAAUUCCCAACUGACGAGGACCUUAAUGGCGCGGCCGUCGCCCUGAUGAGGCUGCAGGACACUUACAAACUCGAAACUGCACAAGUUGCCAGGGGCGUGCUGAAUGGAGUUCAGUACAGCACCGGAUUAAGUGCCAGCGAUUGCUUCGAGCUCGGGCGACAGUCUUAUCACAACCGUGACUACUAUCAUACGGUGCUGUGGAUGCAGGAAGCCAUGGAUCGCCUUCAAGAGGAGCAGAAUGCUACCACCACUUCGAAGCCGGACAUAUUGGAAUAUUUAGCGUUCUCCACGUAUAUGCAAGGAAAUGUAGCUAGGGCUCUAAGCAUGACAAACGAGUUGUUGGAGCUAGUGCCGACGCACGAGCGGGCUUUGGGCAACCGUGCAUAUUACCAAAAGGAGAUUCAAAGCAAGGCGCAUCAGUCGAAGAAGAAACGCGGCGAAGAUGGUCAAGACGACACUGCGAUUCCCGAACAAUCCAUUAUUUUGCGUACGUUGCAGAACUUCACAGUGAACGACGAGAAAGUGAAGCCGUGGGAGGAAAUGUCGGAGAGGGAGCGUUACGAGAUGCUCUGCCGUGGCGAAGUCUCGAUCACGCCGGAAAUGGAAAAAAAUCUGAAGUGUAGCUACGUUGACCGUGGAAUCCCGUUCCUGAAGAUCGCGCCGUUGAAAGAGGAAGAAGCAUACCUGGACCCGAGGAUAGUGAUCUAUCACAACGUGAUUUACGACGAGGAGAUCGAGACGAUCAAGAGACUAGCGCAGCCCAGGUUCAAACGUGCCACGGUGCAGAACUACAAAACUGGUGCCUUAGAGAUAGCGAACUAUAGGAUUAGUAAGAGCGCGUGGCUGCAGGAGCAGGAGCACAAACACGUGGAGGCAGUGAGCAGACGCGUGGAGCACAUGACGAGCUUGACCGUGGACACCGCUGAAGAGUUGCAAGUGGUUAAUUAUGGUAUCGGCGGCCAUUAUGAGCCGCACUUCGACUUUGCCAGGAAAGAAGAAACGAACGCUUUCAAGAGUCUAGGAACUGGUAAUCGUAUUGCUACAGUUCUGUAUUACAUGAGCGACGUGGAACAGGGUGGCGGUACCGUUUUCACUGCCAUCAACAUUUCCCUGUGGCCCAAAAAAGGCAGCGCUGCGUUUUGGUACAACCUGAAGCCUAACGGGGAAGGAGACUUCAGGACCAGACACGCGGCCUGCCCAGUGUUGACUGGAUCCAAAUGGGUGGCAAACAAAUGGUUGCACGAAAGAGGUCAAGAAUUCCUGAGGCCCUGUACUCUAGAGAAUCAGCCAACAGAUGAAACCGAUGUCAGGCACUGAAUCUACACCGAGACCAUGGAUCAACACUUUUAGUAGAAAUGAACGGAAAGGAGAUCAGUCUCCACCUUCUGUUCGAAAAAAGGAAACACCACUAUGUUGUAAAAUGUAUUGAAACGACAAACGAGGACGUUGUUUAACUCUGUCACUGGAACAAGUCCAAUACAAAUUUAAAACAAUGUAAUUUAUACCGCAACAAGAUAACUUUUCUAUCGGUUGAACGCGAAUAGUAAGAGCAAACAUCAUCGUCUAUCAGUAUCUUUUUUUCCUUACCGUGGUCGAGUCGUCAAACUUUUACAUAAACCCACGUUUUAUUACUUAAUCACCCCACAAAGUGAUAUAAGGCAGACUCUGUAAUAUUGGUACGAACUUUGCAUCUCUGAACGUGAAUCAUCCUUAGCUCUAGAGUUUUUACAAAAGCACAGCAUUUAGGUGUAGCGUGCAUUAGGAAUUAAAGCAAUAAAUUGUUGCACGUUUUGGGCCAGUCGAUUUGUCUUCACUAGCGGCAGGGCUUCUGUGCUCGCGUUGAACGUGAGGCGAGCGCCGGAUCCCUGAACAGUGUGUGAUUGAGUUCGGUGCAAGGAGUCGGAUGGAAAGAAGCGGAGUCAAGCAUUCCUGUGUUCAUCAUAGAAUAUUCUAAUCGCAUCUUCACCGCAUCGUUCCUUCUUCUAUACGUUUCUCGCCCCCACUUGAACGGGUCCUUUUGUAAAUAGUAGUGAUGUAAUCGAGAGUCGAUGAUUCCUUGAAGAUCUACAGCGUGUUGUAUACGAGUCGCUUGUAUAAAAGGGAAAUAAAAAGAGAAGGAAUGACAGGGAGGAUUUAUCAAUGAGAAUUGUUGCAUCCAUGGAUGGGGUGUAGAAUAUAUUUUACUGCUAGAUUCCAACACCUUAGGAAGCCGAUCAAAGCUUACAUUGCGAAGGUAUCACUCUUUAUUCGCUAACUCGGUAUGAUCACCUUGAGAACUGGACUUGAAGAUUGCAUAAGAAGUCAAUAAAUUUAUCCUGAACGCGGCGUCCCAAAUUAAAUACACAAUCUUCACUAAAAUAUGUUCAUAAGACACCAAUUGUACAUGCCAUCUACAAAUAAGAGCAGUAGAAAGGAGAACUAAGUAUAACCCAGGCAGAGAAAAUAUUAAAAAAUUGCUUUGUAUAAAAUAACAAAAUAAAAAUAUAGUGAUCCGGUUUAUAUUAUUGUUAAAGGAACUUAAUGCGCAACUUUUGUCUAAUUUGAAUUCGUAUCAAAUACGUCAUGUGAUACAAAGAUAUUACCUGUAAAAUUUGAAAUUAGUACAACAUCAAUGGCGUGUCAUCAUGUAAUCACGUGACCACGCGUCUAACGAACGUUAGAAACGGUUUAUCAAAUGUUAGAUCUAUCCUACGCCUGAUCCAUAGUCACGUCUCUUUACACCGGUGAUAUUGAACUUAGCAGAUAAGACGUUACUCGUGAGCUUCGAUGUCCGUUGUCGUUUCGGAUAAAAAGAAUCUAUUGAAACUAUCAAGUAGAGGAAAGGAAAAGAUAUUCAAAUAUUCGAAUAGUACGUACCUUAGAUGCCGCUACUGUUAUUCUCACCUUCCCCCUCCACCUUGAAUCACAGUUCUUCAUGCGCGCGAAAUUCAAAUGUUCUCCUCUUCCAUCCUUUGCCGAGUGAAAAUUAUUACGAAAUGUUCACUGCUAUUAACCGCGAACAUGAAAGGUUAACACCACUUGUUAUCUAGUAAUACAAGGUCAUUCACUAAAAGAACAUUUUACCUGUUAAUUAAAAAAAAAAUGUUCCGCUAAAAAUUGUUAUGAUUAUUAAUAUGAUUGGACAUCUUCAUUGAAUAAAGAUAUUCUAUUCAUUGAUGUGAGUUUCUAAUGAUCUGGAUGUUACAAUGAUAUUGAUUCAGUAACACAUUUUUUUCUAUUCCUUUCUAUAACGUAUACAGGUAAAAAGUAAUUUUCAGUGAAUCAUCUUAUACGAAAGGAACGAACAAAUUUUGUACGAACGCGAGCUCAACAAUUAAAUCCAUACGCACUCGAAAGUUUAAGGACUGUUUAUUCUCCUUUGUCUAGAAACCUGGAACCUAACAACACGAAUCAGCAAAAUGUUCACGGUUAUGACGGACGAAUGUUCAAUUUGAAAUCAAGUAUCGAAUAAGAAUUACAACAAAUUCGCAUCUUAUGAACGUUUCAACGCAAUCUAUUACUUAUUUCAUAUUGCGGAACUAAUUAAUAAUAAUUAAGGACUUAUCGCUGAUAAGUACUUAUCAACGUGAUAUUUUUUCAGAAUUUCUGAUUUUCUUACCAAACACAAAUUUGCACGUUACGCGCUCACGAAACAAGUCAAAUAUGGAUGCUCUUUGAAGGAGGAAACAUAGCGGGAGGUAUCGAGCCCGCUGAUUGGCCUAACAGUUACCAACCACAGAUGCGAGCCAAUCACAUUUAUUCUCUUUUGACUUCGUACUCAAGCGCACCCUAGUGUCGAAAACAAUUGCGGUUGAAACAGUUCAAAUUAGUGCCUCCAUUUUCGCCGAAACUUUUUCUCUAAUAGUUGAAUUAACUAUACUAAAAACUAUGUAACAGAAUAGAGAAUACCAUUACUGUAAUUCGGAGGAAUACAAAAAGUUUCAAGUGAGUGAUUCGAUUCUAACGAAGUUCUCGUUCCGUGUUGUUGGUCUCAGAAGUUGAUCCCCAAGGAAAGUACUUAUCCAACAUUAUUUAUAAUGGCACGAUACACUUACAUCCUCAUAGAGAUCGUCGUUGGUAAGCACGUUUCACUUGUAACGCAUUGUAAAAUAAUAAACAGGUAUUGGCGCGAAAUUCGAACGCAACACGAAUGUAAAUAGUACGUAGAAAUCUAUACACAAUCAUAUCGUUUCUUUCGACGUUUAUUUCACAAUUGAACACUAUUGAUCUGCGUUCUGGUCAAAUGAACUUGAUCGCGCAUU